UGUAGAAUCCAUACUGGAAAGAAAGCAUAUGUGUGUGAGCAAUGUGGGAAGGUCUUUGGUUACUCCUCAUACCUUUCUAGACACAGGAAAAUUCAUACUGGAGAGAAACCUCAUAAAUAUAAGGCACAUGGAAAAGCCUUCACUCGAUCCUCAACCCUCACCGGGCAUAUGAAAACUCAUACUGAAGAGAGGCCUUAUAUAUGUAAGGAGUGUGGGAAGGCCUUUACUUAUUCCUCAAACCUUAGUCGGCAUAUAAGAAUUCACAAAGGAGAGAAGCCUUAUGGAUGUAAGCUAUGUGGAAAGGCCUUCUCUGUGUCCUCAAGUCUUGAUGUGCAUAUGAGGAUUCACAAUGGAGAGAAGCCUUAUGGAUGUAAGGUUUGUGGAAAGGCCUUUGUUAAUUCCUCAAGACUUACCUGCCAUAUGAGAAUUCACACUGGAGAGAGACCAUAUGUUUGUAAGGAAUGUGGGAAGGCCUUUGUUGAAUCCUCAGGUCUUACUCGGCAUAUGAGAAUUCACAAUGGAGAGAAGCCUUAUGGAUGUAAGGUUUGUGGAAAGGCCUUUGUUAAUUCCUCAAGACUUACCUGCCAUAUGAGAAUUCACACUGGAGAGAGACCAUAUGUUUGUAAGGAAUGUGGGAAGGCCUUUGUUGAAUCCUCAGGUCUUACUCAACAUAUGAGAAUUCACAAUGGAGAGAAGCUUUAUGGAUGUAAGGUAUGUGGAAAGGCCUUUGUUUAUUCCUCAAGCCUUAAUAUGCAUAUGAGAAUUCACAAUGGAGAGAAGCAUUAUGGAUGUAAGGAGUGUGGGAAGGCCUUUGUUUCUUCCUCAACCCUUACUCGUCAUGUGAGAAUUCACACUGGAGAGAAACCAUUUGUUUGUAAGGAAUGUGGGAGGGCCUUUCAUCAGGCCUCCGGCCUAAUUGUACAUCGGGCAGUUCACACUGGGGUGAAAUCUUAUAUAUGUCAAUAA